UGCAGAGGUUUUUCCAGGACACGAUUAUGAGUGAUCAAAUCCAGUUCAUUGUUGAGAAGCUCAAUCAGGAGCCCUUCAGGAAGAACUACAAUUUAAUCACGUUUGACUCCUUAGAGUCAAUGCAGCUGUUGCAGCUGCUCAAUGAUGUUCUGGGGGAGAUUGACCCGAAGCAUGCUGUUGACAUUAGAGAGGAGCUGCCGGAACAAACAGCUAAAAGAAUGUUGAGUCUUCUUGGUAUCCUUAAAUACAAACCUCCAGGAAGUAUAUCAGACUUGAGUGCAUUUCGCCAAGGGUUAGUUACUGGAAGCAAAACUAUAAUUCAUCCUGUCUUACAUUGGCUUCUUCAGAGGACCAAUGAACUCAAGAAAAGAGCUUACCUGGCACGUUUCUUAGUAAAAUUGGAAGUGCCAGCAGAAUUUCUACAGGAUGAUACUGUGGCUGACAUCAACAAACAGUAUGAAGAACUGAUGGAAGCAUUUAAAAACCUACAUAAGGAGUGUGAGCAGCUCAAAACAUCUGGUCUAUCUACUGCAGAAAUAAGAAGGGACAUAAGUGCAAUGGAAGAGGAGAAGGAUCAACUCAUCAAAAGAGUAGAGCGUCUUAAGAAGAGGGUGGAGACAGUACAAAAUCAUCAACGAAUGCUUGAAAUAGCAAGACAGCUUCGCUUAGAAAAAGAGAGAGAAGAAUCUUUGGCUCAACAGAAACAAGAACAAAAAAAUCAGUUGUUCCAUGCAGAGCAGAGACUGCAAAGAGCACAGCUCCAGCUGAAAGAGAUGCAUCAUGCAGUAGUGGAUUCAAAACCUGAAAGUUUAAUGAAGAAACUAGAAGAGGAGAUAAACUUCAAUUCAUACCUGGUUACUGAAAAAAUACCUAGAGAGCUUGAAAGUAAGAAGAGUUCAGCGUAUUUCUUACAAAAGGUGGUUGCAGAGCCAGCUAUGAGUCAAUCUGAUCUCAAUGUACUUGAAAUCAAGAUAAAUGAAGUAAACGCACAAAUGAAUCAGCUUAUUGAGAAAAGAAUGAUGAAGUAUGAGCCAAUUGAUAGUAAAUUUUCCAUGUAUCGCCAACAGGCAUCUAUAAUUUCCCGGAAAAAGGAAGCCAAGGCAGAGGAACUUCAGGCUGCUAAGGAAGAGAUGUCCAGCGCUGAAAGGCAGAUGCUGCAGAAGACCAACCAGGCCCAUGAGUUAGAAGGCUCUGAAGUUCUGAAAGGGGAUGAGUUUAAACACUAUGUUAAUAAGCUCCGGAGCAAAAACACAUUUUAUAAAAAGAAGCGACUGGAAAUAGCAGAAAUUACAGCCGAGUAUGGUAUCCUCCAGAGGACAGAAGAACUUCUAAAACAGCGCCACGAGGCUAUUCAGCAGCAGUUGCAAGCUAUUGAAGACAAGAAAGGUAUUUCUGGAUAUAGUUACACCCAGGAGGAGCUGGAAAGAGUGUCUGCAGUAAAGAGUGAAAUGGAUGAAAUGAAAGGCCGGACACUAGAUAACAUGUCUGAAAUGGUAAAAAAACUGAAUACUAUGGUGGCAGAGAAGAAGGCAAGCCUAGCUCCUGUUAUCAAAGAAUUGAGACAGUUGCGUCAAAAGUGCCAGGAAUUAACUCAAGAAUGUGAUGAAAAAAAAAUCCAGUACGACAGUUGUGCAGCAGGGUUAGAGAGCAAUCGCUCUACACUGGAACAGGAAGUGAAAGGACUUCUUGAGGAGUGUGUUCAGGAAGAAAGCAACUACCGUUAUAUUAACUGCAUGAAAAGGAAUCUAGAAAUACAGCUGCAGCGUGCUAAAGAAGAAAUGAAGGCAUAUGUCUCGCCAGACCCACAGGAGAGACGAAAGGCAAUUCGAGAACAGUAUACGCGAAUGAUCCUUGAACAAGAAAACCUUGGGAAGAAAUUACGAGAGAAGCAGAAAGUUGUACGGGAAAGUCAUGGGCCAAAUAUGAAGCAAAUUAAAAUGUGGCAGGAUUUUGAGCAGUUAAUGGAAUGUAAGAGAGAAUGUUUUCUGAAACAACAAAAUCAAACAGCCAUUGGUCAAGUCAUUCAGGAAGGAGGUAAAGAUAGGCUUGUAUUAUGAAUUCUUCCUUCCUGGUACCAACAUGAAGUAGGAAGACAGUGUGUUGGCUUC